UCUAUGCAAAUGGAUGGAGAAAGUUCUAGUCAGAAGACUUAACUAUUUCCUUGAAAGUCGAGAGUUACUUACAACUUAUCAGUGUGGGUUUAGAAAAGGACGAUCAACAAUGGAUGCUGUAGUUAGAGUAAGUAAUGAAAUAGAGAAAACCUUUAAAAUGAAAGAGUUGAUGAAUAUUGUAUUCUUUGAUAUUGAAAAGGCUUAUGAUUCCAUGUGGCGGGAGGGUUUAUUGAUUAAGAUGAAUAGGAUGGGAAUUAGAGGUAGGUUCUAUAACUGGGUCCUUGAUUUCAUAUCGGACAGAAAAUUCAAAGUUAAAAUAGGAUCAGAGAUGUCAGAAGAAUACAAUAUAGCAAAUGCUAUACCACAGGGGAGUGUAAUUAGUCCAGUUUUGUUUAACAUAAUGAUGAUAUAUUCAUGAAUCUGGAUAGAAGGAUUGGGUCGGCCCUAUAUGCAGAUGAUGGAGUGAUUUGGGCCAGGGGACGAGAUUCUAUAAAUGUGACAAGGAAGCAAUAAAGAAGAUAGAACAAUGGUCAUAUGACUGGGGAUUUAAGCUAUCACCCAAUAAAACAUGUUACAUGACGAUUACCAGGAAAAAAGGCAUAAAAAAUCAGAACCUGAUGCUAUAUGGACAAAACAUGCUAAAAGUAGAUCAUUUUAAAUACCUUGGUAUGUGGCUAGAUCAGAAAGGCACAUGGAAGACCCAUGUGGAAAAGGUAGAAGAGAAAUGUAAGAGGAUAAUAAACUUAAUGAGAGCUGUUACAGGUAAGGAGUGGGGAGCAGAUAAACAGUCACUAAUAUAUAUAUAUAUAGAGCUUUGAUGAGAGCGAAGAAGGGAAGGUGGGGAUUGGAAUCUAUGUACCAAGAAUGAAUUAUAGCAUCAUUAAAAGAUUACCUGACCAGCUCUCGGUUUAUACAGCAGAAAUGAUGGCAAUUAUUAUAGGCUUGCAAUGGAUAGAGGAAAUAAAACCAGAUAGAGUGGUAUGUUGCGUGGACUCUCUGGCAGCAUUAUAUAGUAUUAAAAAUAUGGAAUCAAGUCGAGAGGAUUUAUUAUUAGAAAUACAUCAAAACUUAUUCCAACUACACAUGUUAAAAAUAGACAUAAGAUUUUGCUGGGUGCCUGCACAUGUAGGGGUGGAGGGGAAUGAGGUGGUAGAUAAAAUGGCUAAAAUGGGAACUAGAAGGAAUGAAAUUAUAGAUAUACCUGCUGGUAAAGGCAAUAAUCAAAAAACAAAUGAUGGAGAAAUGGCAAAAUAGGUGGGAUGAGGGUAGUAGCGGGAGAAAGUAUUAUAAAGUACAAAAAUCUAUCAGUGCACAAGGGGUGAAGAGAAAAAACAGAAAAGAGGAAAUAGUGUUAACUAGGAUGAGGCUCAAUCACACCGGGUUAAAUGACAAGAUGUUUUUGAUAGGGAAAUGUAAAUCAAAAGUAUGUAUGGAGUGCAAAAGUAUAGAGAACGUAGAACACAUAUUACUACACUGCAAGAGAUACAGGGAAGAACGUGUAACGUUAAGGAAAAGAAUUAAGAAGAUAGGAAGGGAAUGGAGCAUUGAGGGUAUCUUAGGAACAGGUGGGGAGGGGGUAAGAGAUAUACAGAAGGCAGUGAUAGAAUAUUUGAAGGACACAGGAUUAUAUAAUAGAAUAUAGAUAAGUAUUAGAAUAUUUUAUUAUAAGUAUUAUUAUUAGGAUUAUUAUUAGUAGUAGUAUAGGUAGUCUCCUCACUAUCUAAGUUAGCAUAAAGUAAGAUACUGUAUAUGGCCCAUGUUACAUACUCCGGUACAGUAGGUGGCGGUAUGCACCUUUUUAAGUCAUGGUCGCAACCCGCCAUUAAACUAAAAGAAGAAGAAGAAGCACGUCACUGCAGUGGGUGGGAUAAUUGACGAGAGGAGGAAGUGGCACGGAAAUGGCUGCAUUUCGGACUACCAGUAUAAUUUUUCUACUAGUAUACGAAAAAUUAUUGGACUCCAAAUACCCUUGGAAACUUGGAAACUGGAUUUUUUGUGCCAUAAAUAAUGCCAGGAGUGUCACCAUUGCAACAGAAGGUGAGCCUUCAGACUUAGUGAAAGUGUUACACCUCCUGGUACUCUCCUCCUCCUGGGGCAUGCAGAUCUGGCUCGUCUUCAUUGCAGGUUCUGCUUUGGUGUGGCAGGUGACUCGGCGCACCUCUGGUCAGGUAAACAGGGAUGAUAAAGACAUCACUGUUUAUUUCUAUCGUCUGCUGGGUAGCCACUUUAUCAGCCUGGCUAUUUAUGCUGGGUAUCAUCCAUGGGAGCUGUUGGAUGCACAUGCAACCGUGCAGUUGGUUCUAUAUUUUGUGGCGCUCAUCAUGGCGGGUGUAAACACCCAGUGCUUUGGCCCGGCCUCCGAGGCAUUGUUCCAGAUAUGUCGUCAUGACCAGGAUGACAUGAGCAGCCAGAAGGAAGGUUACACCAAACUCAAAAAGCACUACCCCAAGACAAGAGCCUUCAAGAAAUUCCGUUGCUACUUUGUCUUGUUCCGCUGCUGCAACCUGAUCGGACUCAUCUGCAACACAAUUAAUCUGAUCUACACGGCCUUGAAUCUAUCUACCAUUUAGACCAGGUGAGGGGUCUGGCUGCCUUUUGGUGUGGAUGGUUUAAGUCAAACAUCAUUUCUGUAACCAGUCUAUGGCUCUAACGCAUUGCAAGAAUAGAUUUGUUUAAAACAAAAAACAACAACAAUAAAUACAUUGUGGGCCAAUACUGUGAAAGUGGCUCAACCAACCCAGGCUUUGUGCAACAAAGUCAAAGUUCCCCAAACAAAUUUAAAUCGUACUGCAAUGGUGGUUAUCAGCUUACUUUGCAAAGUCCGGUUCUCGGCUUCGUGCUGAGUGCGCGUUCACAUAAAAGGGGGCUUUGACGUCAUGUUGUUCUGCUUCCCAGCCGGUGUAUUUUACACAAGAUGAGCAUUUAAUUAUUAUGGAGUGUUAGGAGGAGUUAAAAAAUAUUAUUACUGCCAAAAGCAACACUGUUGACAUACAUGAUAAAGCUGAGUGUGUAAAUGUGCAAGUUAAAACUGAUUAUUAUGGUAACUAUACUAAUCUUUCCAUUUAUCAGCGUUCAACAUUGCACAACUUUGACAUAUUAACACUUACCCAUUAAAAAAAAAAAAUUCAAGCAACAACUGUCUUUUUUACAUCUUUGAUAUGUCUAUAACUAUUUUACUGCUAAAUGAUGUAUCUCGUUGUGACCACAAGGUGGCAGUGUUGACGUUUUGCAGCGAGCUUUUGUGUUGUUUUCCGGUUGAUUGACGCCUCAGAGUGCUGAUUCCCCCAGCAAAUAUUGCAAUAUAGGAAGACUAACUGCUGUGACAUAUACGUCUGCAAACACUGGCUGAGUUAUAUUGCAUAUUAUUCCUGAAGCACGGCUCCAAAAGUGAGCAAAUGUAGUGUAUCGGCUGAAAAUCUAAAUCUCUUAUAGAGAAUUUCAUCAGAGAAUGCUAGCGAAUCAGUGUGAUUUCUAAGUAGCCACUCCCGUCGUUAACGUCGACAACGUUGAUACUGUCGCUUUAAAAGAGCGCUACCUUUGCUGAACAGGCAAGCCCAGGUUUCCAUUCAACACACCUCGCUAACCCACUAAACUCGUUUCGCAGAAUACCACCCCCCCCCCCCCCCUCCCCCCAGCAAAAUAUCCACACCUCUGGGCAAUAUCCAUGCAUGCCCAGCAGGGGGCGAUGGAUCGCUUACCUUUACACACAAAAUGCUCAAGCAGAUAAUUCAUUUUUUGUUUGAAAACGUCUAUUUAUUCCAUUGUAUUUCUAUAUAUUUUAAACCAUUUAAAUUGUGGUCACAAGUAAGUGCUCCACAGAUUUCCGCACAUUGUUUUAUUUUAUUUGCCCUGGCAAAAAAAAUCGUGUAAUUAGACAUUCAUGUUUAUGAUUAAUGUCUCUAUUUGGGUUACUAAGGAUUCCCUUCAUUUUCCAGUGACUUUUAUCAGUUGAUGCCUGUCACAUUUUGGUAGCAGCAAACUGCCAAACAGCGGAAAGAGCUUAUGUUUAAAUGACGUCAGCGCUAAUGGGUUAUAAUGGAGUCAAUUUAAUGGCUAAAGCAGAGCCUCCACGUCCAUUGAUUGUAUUUCCAUCGAAGUAACUUACAGUUACAAAUAAUUGUCAAAUGUGAUCUCGAUCUGUGAUCUUUAUUCAUGAUUUAUUUUGAGUGUUUUUGCUCUCCAACCAAUAAAAAAACAGCACUGUGUGCUCAUGGGAUUGGUUUUAUUUUGAUAUUAUGCAAUGCGCUAGAAAGAAGGACAAAUAAGCGUAUUGUGCCUUCCAGGAAAUGUGUCCAGGUGUCACGUAGCGUGUGUGUGUUGCCGUGUGGAAAUAAACACUGUUCAACCUAAGAACAAGUUUAUCAAGUAAUUGAAUCAUUAUAAGAGAAGGGAGUGAUGUAUUCAUAUCAGAUCUUCUGCACUGCAUGAGUGAC